AUGGGCGUGAGCGUCGCCAUCGCACCCAAGUUCAGCGUGAGUAGAUUCUGGACCGAUGCCCGCGACUUGGAGUCGACUAUUUUCAUCUAUGUCAGAGAGACAGCGCAUUACCUGCUCGUGCCGCCCCCAUCACCCCAGGACCGAAACCACAAGGUCCGCUGUAUCGGUCCUUUCACGUCUGGAAUUUUUGGUCACCACGGUUUGAUCAUGCGGGGUAUACUGUAUAAUGUCUUCGUUCCUGUUGCUAUUGACCCAGAGACUGGGGAUAUUCUGCGCGAUUCUAAUACUGGCUUUGCGCUUCGCGCGCCUUAUGAGCAGGGGAGUGAUGGCCGUUGGUACUUCCUCGACCGACUUGGGGAUACCUUCCGCUGGAAGAGCGAGAACGUAGCAACCGCGGAAGUUUCAGAGGUCCUAGGCCACUUCCCUGGUAUUACCGAGGCGAACGUCUACGGCGUCCGUCUUCCCAAUUACGAAGGACGGGCUGGGUGUGCAGCUAUUCAGAUUAGCCCGGACGCCCGACAGACAUUUGACAACACAGCGCUUCCGAGAUUCGUACGCUCCAAGCUGCCUAAAUAUGCUAUUCCGUUGUUCCUUCGCAUCGUCGAGAAUCCCACGCACAUCCACAAUCAUAAGCAGAACAAGGUACCGCUUCGGGAUGAGAGUGUUGGUAUUGCUUUGCUUGGAACUAAAGCCCCCGAGGGUAAGGAUGACCACUUCUUGUGGAUUGCACCUGGUGAUAAGAGCUAUUCGCCGUAUGGACAGAGAGAGUGGGAGCAAUUGUCGACUGGGAGUAUUCGUUUGUGA